UUCUCCUUGUGUAUGUAGAUGCCCCUUCUGCCUCUUGGAUAGGUACAUAGCUCAGCACGCAUAACUAUUGAUCGCCAGGGAAUCGCGAUAAUUACCAAACUUCUUAUCGUUGACUGACCUAAAUAACCUACGCUGAGUACGUACUCUACAUAGAGCAUCCGCAGCACCAUAGUACUCAGCGCAACCCCGGCAACGUGACGAAUACGUACCCCGGACACCCAUCAUCAGCAGAGCAGAGCACCUCCGACUUGCAGUUCGGCAAGCACAAGCACAAGCUCCAACCGUCUAACGUCUCUCCUUCCCCCCCUCCCCUCCCCUCACUUCAGCGAGCGACGGAACGGAAAGCGACACAAGCGAAAGGGGAGGAACAAAGGAAAAAGAAGUCUAAGCUGACGGUACGAAACGCAGGACAGAUCUACCACCACCACUACCACCGCAAAUAGAUUCGUCAAAAAGCGCACUUUGAACCAUGUCCUACGACGACGACGAGAUCAUGUUGUCCUUCGAACCUCUCCCCACGACGACGACGCGCGCAACUCCUCCUGCACCGCCACCGCCACUUCCGCUAUUACCGGUGGAGAAGAACGAGGAGGUCGAGUACGAUGACUUUGGUUUGCCCGUUAGGAAGCGCUCGCCGUCUCCGGUUUUCGAUACCGACGUCUCGGACUCCGACGACGAGCUACCUCCCCCGCCGGCGAAGGUUACCGAGCAGAAGUCGGGUGAAUCGAUAGAGGUGGCAAAGCCGGCGAGGGAAGACGUUUCGGUAGCUGUAGCGCCGGUGUCAGUGGAACCGGUACAGCCUCCGGCUUCGAGUGCACCGGUGGUGCCAAUUGCGGAGGAAAGGAAAGCGGAGAGAGAGGUGCCCACAAUCACCAAGGAGGAGCCGGAAAGCACACAAUAUGUCGUCCCGAAAUCGAGCCAUCAGCGCAACAACUCGCUCAUGUCCCUUCCGGAGGAGGACCGCAAGGACAACGAAGUGCGGAUGUUCUCGGAGGACCCCAAGGACCCUCACAUGCCGACGGGGAUGGGCACGGUGUCGGAAUGGUCGCACCAGCAGAUAGUGCCGCGCGGGGGUCGCGCGGAAGGCAAGGGCGACAUCGUCAACGACAAAAAGAACGACUCCGAAGACGAGUGGCAGGCGAUGCCGGCGUACGCGCCCUACGACAUCUACGACGACGACGACCGUCUGAUCGCGCGCGCGCACGUGGACUCGGAAGACGAGGAGGAUAGUGGCGCGGCGAAAGGGUACACGAGGGUGUACGACGACGAAGAUGCGGACUCUGUAACCAGUAUGGAUGAGAAUACGAACUACCUUUUUAGAGAGAACGAGGACGACGAGGCGGCGAGGAACCCGCUGUCGCAGAUGAAGGCGACGAAGGAGCUGUUGACCGAAGGGCAGCGCAUCGCGUAUGUCGGCGUGUGUAGGCUAGCACUGAUAGAGAUGCUGCGGGAUCUGCAGCGGCUACAGGCGAAAGGGCGGGGGGCCAAGAGGAAUGUUUCGCAGGCCGUGGACGGAAUGAUCAAAUGGAGCCAGAAGAUAAUGGUGCGGCUGUACACGCAUAUGGAACUAUCCCCACCUGAACAAAUCAUGAUAGAACAAUUGGCCGGGCAUGGCGUAUUACCAUCGGACCUCACGCCAGCGCUCAUGCAGAAUUCACGUGUCCACAAUCCCAUGGCAGGCGGAGCCGAUACUCCUCGGCGGCAGUCGUCCAUAUUCUCCAACGCCAGUAGCUCCCCCAACCGCGCAUCUCAAGCGUCCUUUGCGCCCGGGGCCCUGGCGGAGUAUCAGGACACCGACCUCGAGACCACUAAGACGCUCUCACAGCUCCCGCAAACCAAGACGCUCGACAUCGACCUGCGUUGGACGGUGCUGUGCGAUCUCUUCCUGGUGUUAAUCGCCGACUCGGUCUACGAUGCACGUGCGCGAGUGCUUCUGGAACGUGUUGGAGUGAUGUUCGAUGUUUCGUGGCUGGACAUAUGCAAGUUCGAGAAGCGAGUGACGGACGCGCUCGAGAUGCAGGAAUCCACAGAGCAGCACUGGGCGGAACAGGAGCACCUGGAUGCGCGGCGGAAGGCGGCUAGGAACAAGCGUUUCGUCAUGCUGGGACUCGCUACCGUAGGUGGAGGCUUAGUUAUCGGGCUGAGUGGAGGAUUGUUGGCGCCCGUCAUUGGCGCCGGAUUGGCUGCUGGGUUCACUACCAUCGGUGUGGUGGGAACCAGUGGAUUCCUGGCGGGUGCGGGAGGCACGGCUAUCAUUGCUAGUGGUGCCGCUAUCAGCGGGAGUGUCAUCGGUGGGAGGGCGGGUUUCAAUCGAAUGAAGAGUGUCAGUACAUUCGAGUUCAAGCCUCUGCACAACGCCAAGCGGGUGAACCUGAUCAUCACAGUUUCCGGAUGGAUGAACGGCAAGAUCGAUGACGUUAGACUGCCCUUUUCAACGGUCGACCCGAUCAUGGGGGAUCUCUUUUCCAUUUACUGGGAACCCGAGAUGCUGCAGUCUAUGGGACAGACCAUUAGUAUCCUGGCUACAGAGGCCCUGACCCAAACCCUUCAGCAAGUCCUCGGCUCGACCAUCUUGAUCUCCCUGAUGGCUGCCAUCCAGCUUCCAGUGGUGUUGACGAAGCUGGCCUACCUCCUCGACAACCCCUGGUCAGUAUCCCUCGACCGGGCUGCCGCCGCGGGCCUGAUCCUGGCGGACACGCUCGUCCACCGCAACCUGGGAGUGCGUCCCGUGACAUUAGUCGGCUACUCCCUCGGCGCGCGGGUCAUCUACUUCUGUCUCAAGGAGCUCGCGCGGCUCGGCGCCGCGGGGCUAGUUCAGAACGCAUACAUGUUCGGCUCUCCGGUGGUCGUCAAGAACGACGAGUACGUGCAGGCGGUGUCGAUGGUGUCGGGCCGCUUCGUGAACGGCUACGCCACCAACGACUGGAUCCUCGGGUACCUGUUCCGGGCGACCAGCGGCGGCAUCGGUAGAAUCGGUGGCUUAGCCGCUGUGGAUAUCCCCGGCGUUGAGAACGUCGACGUCACCGCAGAGGUCAACGGCCACAUGGCCUAUCGUGCCGCCAUGCCGAAGCUGCUGAGGAAAGUGGGCUGGGAGGUCACCAGCGACGAGUUCUCGGAGAUCGAAGAUCCGGACCCGGAGAACCACCAGCAGCGCCAACGCGAGCUCAUCAACGAGCUCGACGAAGUGCGCAAAGAGCUCGAGCGCAGCGGCGGGCAAAAGCGCAAGUGGAACUUCUUCGGCCGCAACAAAGACCCGGUCAAGAAGAAGGACUGGGAGACGUACGAUGCCCAUGCCGCGGCGGCGGCCGCCGCCGCAGGCACGGCAAACUCCAACUCCACUGGCACCCCGACUAACGGCGCCGAUCCGAAAUCAAACCCCAAUCCAAACCUAAACCCCAAUGUCCUCUUCGACAUCGACGCCAUCCGCGCUGAGAUCGAGGCGAGUUCUCGCGAAGAACAGCUGCCGAAGGAUAUGGCGGGCGUGAAACUCGACUCGAAGCCCCCGGCGGCGGCGACGCUGGCCCCGGAAUCAGCCGGGUUGCGGCAUACGAAAAGCUUUGAUGAUCGCCCCUUCGACAGGAAGGACGCCGGCUCGCGAAGGGGGUAUGGUAGUGAUGUGGAUGAGCGAGGGGGGGAGAAGAAGGAUAGUAGUAGCAGUCGGACGGGGUAUACGAAUGCAAACGCAAACAAUGGCGACGCCGGCGGCGGCUACGAUGGAUAUGGCAGCGGGAAGAAUGUUUGGGCGGACUACGAUGAGUAUGAGGACGGCGAGGGGGAGAUGCAGAUGACGUUUGCGUAGUUGGUGGGCUGUGGUGGGCUGUGGUGCUAAGGUGGGGGGCUGUGGGGGGCUGUGGUG